CGAAGCGUUUAUUUAUUUCGUUUAACAUUCGUGAUAGACUUAAGGGCGUGCGUUUCGCCGAACUGGGCCGGUGGCGCGUGUUUCUCCACCCGUUUCCAUUCGCCCAACCCCCACAAACCACAAAAGCCCGCCCUUCUUCAGUCCGAGCAACCGAACGUGAUAACACCCCCUUACGCAACGUCACUCCCGCCGUCAUGGGACUUGUAGUCCGCAGCGCUUAGAAUCGAACGCGCGCCGCUCGCUUCGAAACUACAAGCCCCAACCGUCACCACGCCCACCAUCCAAUCUGAAUAUGUGGGAGGGGAGCAUCCGCCCACAAAAGCCACAGCAAUUUUAGAGUGCCUCAAAUGCAAUUGUGCAUCAAAAAAGUGAACAAUUGGAAAUUCGGGAAAUGUCGUGAGUGAAUCCCGCACACGGAGACAUCCGAGAGAGAGAGAAACGGAGCGGCCCGCGCGUGACGGUUUGGCAUUCAAAGAUAUUUAAAUGAAAGUGGGUGGGCCUUCGCGAGGACGGCGCUCUCUGACAGACCUGCGCUUAUAUCCGCGGAGGAAUAUUAUUUAAUUCCGGAUCUAACAGCGCAGUUAGGCCCGCGUUGAACGCUUAAGAGACCGUAGCCGCUCGAAGCGAGACUCUCGGACUCGCUUGGCAUUUUGUGUUCCGUUAUUGAAGGGUGUUUUUGCAUUGGCACCGCCCUUCCUGGCGGGGUGGGUCCGUGCGUCAGAGCUGCGCCACAGUCUGCGGCCGCUGGAGAAAAUAGGCCGUCCUUCUGCUGGGCUGCUGCCUGCCUUCUGCCUGCCUUCCACGGCGUCCGGCCUUUUUUCUCUUAAACAACUCCUCUCCGGGUUUCAUUAAUGCGGAAUGAGUGAUCAAAAGAAGGAAGCCAUGGCCACCGAUGGGGGGAAAGCCGGUGGAGGUGAAGUUGGUGCAAAAGGGUUCGAUGCACAGCCGUCUCCUCUCGCAUUGCUGGCGGCGACAUGCAGUAAAAUAGGUGGUGCUGGCGGCGAGGGUCAGGCGGCCACGCAACAGCAGAUAAUAAUCGACCCCAACCAGGGUCUGCUUCAGCUCCAGAACCCCACGCAGCAGCUCGAGCUGGUUCCUGCACAGCUGACGGGAAACGGCUGGCAGAUCAUAGCCACUUCCCCUACCGCUGCAACCAAGGACAGCGUUCAGCAGCAGGCAGCCAACGAGAGCGCAGCGGGGCGAAAGGUCAAGGCCGCGGGUUCGAAUAACGCACCUGGCUCACAGCAGCAACAGCAGUUUCAAAUUAUCCAGGUGCAGAAUCUGCCGAACUCGUCGGGCGGGAUUCAGUAUCAAGUCAUCCCACACCUUCAGACCGCCGACGGACAGCAGAUCCAAAUAAGCCCUAGUAACCCCACGGCCUUAAGCGUCCAGCCCGAACAGAUCCAGCUCAUUUCCACCGGAAACAACCAAGCCAUUCUGGCCACGCCCCAAAGGGCGGGAUCAACCGGCAUCGUCGCGCAAAACCAGACGAUUCCGCUUCAAAUCAGGCCGUCGUUUCCUUUGCAGCUGCAAACUAUUCAAGGUUCGCAAGCGCCAAUGGUGACGACGCUACCCAUCAACCUCGGCGGCGUGACUUUGGCGUUGCCGGUUAUUAAUAACGUUGCUGCUGCAACAGGGGGCGGAGCUUCAGUUCAACUCGUCCAAUCAGGCGACGGAAGCAUUUCAAAUGGAAACCAAGCAGGCACAGCGGAAUCCACAUGCGGGACGGCCAGCGACGCAAUAGCAGAUGCUACGACAUUAUCUAACGCAGCCGAAAGCCAGAAAGACAGUCAAGCGGGCGAGUCGGACGCCCAGAAUCUCGCCCAAUCCAAUGGCCUCCAAUCUGUAUCCGAGCAGCCCGGCCAAAUCCAGCAGUUCCAAAUCGUAGGGCAUCCGGUUCUCCAGCAGAUCCAGUCGCCCCAACAGCAAGUAGUCCAGGGCUCCAUACAGACUUUGCAACCGGUGCAGCAGAACCUCCAGCUACAGGCCUUCCAGAACCCCACGCAGGUUCUGAUCCGGACGCCCACGCUCACCCCGUCGGGUCAGAUCAGCUGGCAGACCGUCCAGGUGCAGAACGCAGGCAUGCCCCAGCAGCUGACGCUCGCGCCCGUGGUGUCCAGCUCAAGUGGGGCGACGUUCACGCAGAUCGCCCCGCUGACGCUCGGUGGGUCACCCAUCACGCUCAGUGCCGCCCAGCUGCCCUCGGGGACCGGUGUGCAGACGGUGAACAUCGCGGGGCUGGGGGCGGCUGGAGUGCAGAUGCAAGGCGUUCCGCUCACCAUCACCGGCGUGCAAGGUCAGCAGCAACGACAAGAGGGUCAAAAAUCACACUCCCCCCCUGACACUCACACUCCUGACCAUACUCCAGACACGAGUCCAGAGCAGAUGGGGCAGGUCCAGAGCCCGUCGGACCAGGAGGGUCAGCCCGGCAAGAGGCUGCGCAGGGUGGCCUGCUCCUGCCCCAACUGCAGGGACGGAGAGGGGAGAAAUAACAGUGACCCAUCAAAGAAGAAGCAGCACGUGUGUCACAUGGAGGGCUGCGGGAAGGUUUACGGCAAAACGUCUCACCUGAGGGCUCACCUGCGCUGGCACACGGGAGAGAGACCGUUCGUCUGCAACUGGAUCUUCUGCGGGAAACGCUUCACCAGGAGCGACGAGCUUCAGCGGCAUCGCAGGACGCAUACAGGUGAGAAGAGGUUUGAGUGUCCGGAGUGCUCCAAGAGGUUCAUGCGGAGCGACCACUUGUCAAAGCACAUCAAAACCCACCAGAACAAAAAAGGUGGGGCGGCACUAACCAUCAUCACCACAGAUGAGAUGGAGGAGGAGGUGGACGAGUCGCUGGGCUCGCCGAGGAUCGUCACUGUGGCGUCGCUCUCGCAGGAUUCGAACCCGGCCACGCCCACCACUUCAAACAAUUUAGAGGAGGAGUUCGAGUAGUUUUCCCUCCAAAAAUGAUCGGCUGAAAGCACCACGAUAUCGUUUGUCGGUUUGUUUAUAGGUUGAUUUGUUUAUGUUCAUCAUUCUUUUUCUAUCGACGAUGGACAGCUGUUUGAGCGCACUCGAUUUUUCAUAUGGAAAUUUAAUACUAUCAAAUAUUAUGACAAAGAAUAAUCUAAUGGAAAUAUGGAAUAGUAUGAGUUGUUAAGAGACAAGUUGAACGAUGGCGUUUGUUUUGUUAUGAGUAGCACAAGAAGUACUGAAGUUCCCAGAUGCUCCUGAAGAUGUCGCUAUGCACAAAAAUAAUAUAUAUGUGUUUUCAAAGUGGUUUCUAUGGAAAGUCGUUUCCGCCACAUGAUACAAAAAAUAAAAAAGGUAAUUAUGAUUAUUUAUUUUUAUUUCACAAUUCUGGCUUUUUUUUCCUCGUAAUUCUGUUUUUAUUUUGUAAAUCAGAAUUUUCCUUUGAAUUCUAAGUUUAAAUAUCGCAAUUCUAACUUUUUCGCACAAUUCUGAGUUUUUAUCUUGCAUUUCUGACUUUUUUUUUUUAUUAUUCAAAAUUUUUAUCUUUCGCAAUUCUGACUUUUUCCUUUGAACUCCAAGUUUACUUCUCGCAAAUGUUUUUUUUUUUUUUUUCUGCCAUGGAAUAAAAUAGAUAAUUUUUGCAAGAUUCAGACUUUUUUCUCACAAAUUGUGACUUUCAUUCUUUUAAUUCUGAUUUAUAUAUAUCGCAAUUCUCACUUUUUUCCUUUUAAAUUCUGAGUUUGUAUCUAUAUCUUAUAUUUUUUUCACCAUGGAAUAAAAAAUAAAAAAGGAAACUUGCGACUUUUUAUCUCGCAGUUCAGACUUUGAGAGUAUAUAUCGAGAGUUUAUAUCUCACAAUUCUGAGUUUUUCCGCAAUAAUACAUUAUAUCAAACAAAAAUAUGAAUUGUGAGAUGAAAUCUCAGAAUUGUGAGAAAAAUAGUUUAAAUUGUGAUAUAAACUCAGAACUGCGUGAAAAAUAUCAAAAUUGUGAGAUACAAUGUACAAUUGCGAAAAAAGGUCCGAAUGGUGUUAUAAACUUGAAAUUGCGAGGAAAGGCAGUCUGAAUUGUUCUAUACAAAUUCGCAAUUCAUUUAAGAAAAAAAAUUCUGUGGCGGAAACAAGUUUUCAUAGGUUUCGGAUCGAACAUGCAGUCGGGGAUGAGAAUCUCAGAGCUUCACGCGAUGGUCUGUGGUUUUGUGUACGAUCAGGCUAGAAAGAUGAGCACCUAACAGAUAUUAAGUACACGAUUAGAGUCGCAGCACAAGCUAGAAAGCGACGCUGUCUGUGAUUGGAGCGUGUCGCGAAGCGUCAGCCAAUCGCGGCCUCGUGUACAGAACGCUUUAUAAUUCAAGCAUAUAUAAUAAUAUAAUCGACGAUUCAGCAGUCAAACUUUUAUGUAGGAGAAACGAGAUUAUAGAGACGGGCUAUUUAAAGAAAAGCACAUUAGAUUUACAAAUAAUGCAUUCCAGUUACGAUUACUUUAGAAAAAAAUAAAAUAAACGAGAAAGAAAACAAUCUAGCUUUCCGAGACAUGCUAUGUUAAACGAAAGCAAUACUAUAAAGACAAUCUUUGCCAUGUUUACAUUACCGAGGGGUAGAAUAUGUUUAAGAAAAACACCUGGAGAAGUUCUCUCUGAUCUCAAGUCAUAUAAACUGUACUCUGAUGCCUUAACAAACACUGCAGUACCACUAUGUUACGGCUGGGCAGGGGAACGUGGGGCUUCGACUGUGUUUUCAGAAAUAUUCGUGUGCAGGUGACCGCAUUUAGCUUUUUAUAUACGAUGGCGAACACUGUGGGAGCGAGCGACGAUCUGCUUCAGCCCUCGUGAAGAUCCCCCGACCCGCGUCGAUGUGUCGCCCGUCGGCUUUCUCGCGCUCUCCAAAGAGAUUCGGCCCACCGACUCCCUCCAAACGCUCCCUCCGGGUCACGGCGGGGCGAGAAACACACCCUGAAGCCACUUCGAUGAGUUUGAUGUUGAGAAAUCUGUGCCGUGGCGUUCUUAAUCGUGACUUUCGUUUGAUUUGGUUUCAUUUCGAGCCCGUUUUUCUCGUGUGCGCGUGUCUAAUUUAUUAUUUAUCCUUCUAUUAUUAUUAGUAUUUGCUAAUGUGUAUUGUGCGCUGCUAAUGCAGAGAUAUGACGUGCUGCAUGGUUCAUUUCCGCUAACAAUCUCUAUUUAGUAACGAUCUGUUAUUUCUAAUCGUGGUCCUUUUAGAAGUAAAACCAUGGCUUUUAAUUUAUCUGACGUUUCGCACCAUGACGUGUUUCAAAUGGAGAAAAAAAAAAGUUUAAAAAGAAAUGGUUGAUACCAAACAAUUAUAAAUAGAUGUUUUUUGGUAAUAUUUUCUGUGGCGAGCGAUUUUCUUUAAUAUUUUCUAGUGACACCUCAUUUGUAAAUCAUUUUUCUAAGAUGUUCCUUUGUCCUCAUGGCAUUUGAUAAUGGGUUUUUUGCCAGGUUAGCCUGAAAGGCUGCAGUUUAUUGAUAUUUUUAAAAUAACUUUGUACAAACGUGUUAUGUUAAUGGGUAAAAAAAAGGGGGGGGGGGACUUUGCCUGCAUAACACUUAAAAAUUAAAGUGAGUAAUUCUGUCUUAAAGA